GCGUUCACUCAGCGCAGAUAUGAGCGCAGAUCGCAGUGAAGUUUGAAGAACGCAGAGAGCAGCGCGCGGUCGGAUUAGUAUUUCCAUCAAACUUGCUGCAGAACUCGUCCGGCGUUUGCAUUGAGAGGUCUUUACUUUCUCUUUUAACCGUUUGGUUUGACCAUGGGCUCUUUUUGCAGAAAGGCGUUUUAUUGGCACGUUUGGUCAUUUGCUGUUGUUUUUGUGCUUUUGAGUACGCGUUGUCAUGGAAGUUGUUCAGAAAAGGAGCUGGAAAAACGAGAAGAAGAGGCGAAUAUAGUUUUAACCGGGACUGUAGAGGAGAUCUUGAACAUGGAUCCAGUGCACAACACUUAUUCCUGCAAGGUCAGGGUAUGGCGUUACCUAAAAGGCAAGAUCAUGGUGAAUGGAGAGGUGCUGCUGGACGGAGGAAACAAGGUGAUGAUCGGCGGUUUCGGAGACCCCCAUAUUUGCGAUAAUCAGGUGGCCACCGGAGAUACGCGCAUUUUCUUUGUCAACCUGCCUCCUCACUUCAUGUGGCCGAGCCACAAGAACGAACUGAUGCUCAACUCAAGCCUGAUGAGGAUUACUCUCCGCAACUUGGAGGAGGUGGAGCACUGCGUUGAAGAUAAACCUGUUCACUUCACACCGGCUCCUCCUCCUGAUGGUUGCAGAGGAAAGCUGUGUGGAUUUGGAGCGGUGUGUGAGAGAGACCCCACUGACCCCUCUAAAGGAGAGUGUGUUUGUAAGAAAAUUGUAUGUACGUCUGUGGUGGCGCCGGUGUGUGGUUCUGACUCCUCUACCUACUCCAAUGAGUGUGUGCUGGAGAAGGCCCAGUGCAAUACACAGAGACGCAUCAAGGUGAUGCGCAGAGGCCCCUGUGCACUGAAGGACCCAUGCAGCGAGGUGUCCUGUAGCUUUGGCAGCACCUGCAUCCAGUCAUCCGACGGUCUGUCCGCCAAGUGCAUGUGUCCUCUGAGUUGUGAGAACGUCCCCAAGUACGUGGUGUGCGGCAAUGACGGCCUGGACUACCAAAGUGAAUGUGAGCUCAACAUGAAAGCCUGCGCCACUCAGAAGAACAUCCGUGUGCAUCACCAAGGCCGUUGCGAUCCUUGCAGUGAUACUCUGAACAGCUUGAGUGUGGCCUGUCGGGUGAACCCAAAGACCUACAAGCAGUUUACCUUCGCCCAAGCCGAUUCCUGCCCACCCGACAGUACGCCCAUCUGCGCCAGUGACGGCCACACUUACGAUAGCGAGUGUCAGAUGGAGCGGAUAGCCCUGCAGAACAACCUGGAGCUCAAGAAGGUUUCUUCAGGCAGCUGCAAGGAGAAAGGGGGCUGCCCGAACGGUUGUAAGUUCAACGCCAUGUGCUUGCUGGAAAACGGAGAGUUUCGGUGUUCCUGCAACCCCAUACAAUGUGACGGCACAUACAAGCCCCUGUGCGGAAAGGACGGAAAGACAUACCCCAACGACUGUGAGAGGAAACUCGAAGAGUGUCGGACCGAAACAGGCAUCCCUGUCAAGCAACAAGGGCCCUGUGAUCUUAACCUGGAGAGCCCCUGCCUGAAGAAGACCUGCGAGUUUGGAGCCGUGUGUGUGGUUAAGAACAGCGAGCCUGUGUGCGAGUGCUCAGACGUGUGUCCACAGGACCAAGACCCUGUUUGUGGCAGCGAUGGGCACACUUACAGCAGCUCAUGUCAAAUGAAAGCCAUGGGAUGUGCCCUUCAGAAACAGAUACAGAUGCAGCACAAAGGACCAUGUGCAGAUGAGUCCUGCACCAACUGCUCAUUUGGCGCGAUCUGCGAUGCUCAGACUGGCCGGUGUGUGUGCCCCAAAGGGUGUUUGGAAACACGGCAGCCCGUGUGCGGCAGUGACGGCAUGACGUACGAGAACGAGUGCAAGCUGAACGUGGAAGCCUGCACUAAGCAGCUGGAUCUCAGAGUGGUGGCCCAUGGAGAAUGCAAAACCUGUGGCAGCACUGUGUGUAGAUGGGGAGCACGGUGCGUGCAGAACCAGUGUGAGUGUCAGCAGUGCACGGGUCAGCCGGUGAAACCCGUGUGUGGCAGCGACGGCACCACCUACGACAACGACUGUGAGCUGCGGCUGGCCUCCUGCAAGAAACAGAGGAAGAUUGAGGUGACCAAACCUGGCGUCUGUGAUGAAGACUGCGGAUCAGGAGGCUCAGGUUCAGGAUCUGAAACCUGCGAGCAGGAUCGUUGUCAACGAUACGGCGGAUCGUGGGAUGACGACACGGAAGAUGACCGCUGCGUGUGUGACUUCAACUGUCAGACAGUGCCACGCAGCCCAGUGUGUGGCUCUGAUGGGACUACAUACACCAGCGAGUGUGAGCUGAAGAAGGCCAGGUGUGAGAAGCAAAUGGACUUGCUGCUCCAGAGCCAAGGUCCCUGCCCAGCUAUCAUAUCAGCUCCUCCAGAGCUCAUCGCCUCCCAGCACUGUAGCGAAACUGUUUAUGGAUGUUGCCAAGACAGCAAGACCGCUGCCCUGGGUGUUGGACUAGCUGGGUGUCCUAGUGUGUGUCAGUGUAACCAUUACGGCUCAUACGGAGGCACCUGUGACCCAUCCACCGGCCAGUGUUCCUGUAAACCCGGCGUCGGAGGACUCAAGUGUGACCGCUGCGAGCCCGGAUUCUGGAACUUCCGAGGCAUCGUUACAGAAAACAUGAGUGGCUGCACACCGUGUAACUGUGAUGGAGUGGGUUCGGUUCGUGACGAUUGUGAGCAGAUGUCAGGGCUGUGCUCAUGUAAGCCUGGAGUUAAGGGCAUGAAAUGCAACAUGUGCCCUGACGGCAGCAAGAUGGGAGCCAACGGCUGUGACAAAGGACCUGAGGCACCCAAGUCCUGUGAUGAGCUUGUGUGCCACUUUGGGGCAUCAUGUGUAGAGGUGAAUGGACAGGCUCACUGUGAGUGCCCGUCACCAGAUUGUGAUGAGAAAAACAAGACCAAGGUAUGUGGUUCUGAUGGGGUCACCUAUGCAGACCGAUGCCAGCUGAGGACCAUCGCAUGCAGACAAGAUAAGGAGAUCACUGUGGAGCAUUUAGGCCAGUGCAAAGAAUCCAUUGAGCUGACGGCCAAACCCACCCCCUUCCCAAACACCCACCGCACCCCCCCUCCCACCGCUCACGUCAAGAUCACCAAACAGCGUCAUGGCCACACCACCACCACCACUACUUCAAGCAUUCCCAAGGAACUGGACAGCUUCUUGGUGGAGGCACUGCCUCCUCCGAAGGUGGUCGAGGCAGGAAAGUACUCCAGCUCUUUCACCACCCACCGCCCCACCACACUCAACAAACCACCCCGCACCUCAUCCCCACCCCUGGACUCCAGCCCUGACUUUGAUGAAUCGGGCAGUGGAGAGCCCAGUGGGGACGAAGAGAUGGUGAGCGGAAUGGAGGAGAGCGGAGAAGAGCCACUUGGUACAACAGUAGCUACUACUACUCUUCCCACAGCUGAAGAAAGGUCAUCCUGUGACAACACACCUUUCGGCUGCUGUCCCGAUGGGAAGACGGCCGCCAUCAGCUCUGAGGGUACAAACUGCCCCUCCACCAUGCGUUUCAGCGGCUUACUGCACCUGGAUAAGGUAGAGGGUCAGGAGGUCUUCUACACGCCUGAGAUGGAGGACCCCAAGUCCGAGUUGUUUGGUGAAACGGCCCGGAGCAUCGAAAGCGCUCUGAAUGAAUUGUUCCACAAGUCAGAUGUCCAGAAAGACUUCCAGAGUAUCCGUGUGAAGAAUCUGGCCCCCAGCAACUCCAUAAUAGCCUUUAUUGAGGCUCACUUUGACCCAGACACAAGGUUCAGUGUGGAGGAUAUUGAGGGAGCUCUUCUCAAACAGCUCAAGGCAUCUAAAGACACAGGUAUCGUUGUGAAGAAACCUGAGGAAGACAACAUCCGCAUCACCACCUAUGGUCUUUCAGCUGUUCCUUUCUUCACGACCACGACAACCACCGUGGCAUCAGUCACAACUCCCACCACCACAAUGCUGUCUCCCACUUCUGCAUUUACCACGCUCCGCCCGACCACCACCAGACGACCCUUCACCAGCCGCAGGACCACCACAGCCUCACCAGCCACCACCACUCCAUCCCAGACCCCCACGACCACAGUCUCGCUCAAGAACAGAUUGAUGGUCCACGCCAACAGGCUGUGCGACUCGCAGCCCUGCCGUCACGGUGGAACCUGCGAGGAGGAGGGUAAUGACUUCACCUGCAUCUGUCCUGCAGGAAGAGGAGGAGCCGUGUGCGAGAAAGUUAUAAAGUACUUCAUCCCAUCCUUUGGUGGUAAGUCUUACCUGGCUUUCCGAACCAUGAGGGCCUACCACACUGUGCGCAUUGCCAUGGAGUUCAGGGCUUCGGAAAUGACAGGGAUAUUGCUGUACAAUGGCCAAAAAGGCAAAAAGGACUUCUUGUCUCUGGCACUGGUUGAAGGACAUGUGGAGCUCAGGUUUAACACUGGUUCUGGGACGGCUUCAGUGAUCAGUAAGGUCCUGGUAAGACCGGGUCGCUGGCAUCAGCUCGUAGUAGUGCGUAACAGGCGUAAUGCCAUGCUGAGCGUGGACAAUGAGCCGAGCGUUGAAGGACAGAGUCCCCCAGGAACAGAUGGACUCAACCUGGACACAGACCUUUUCAUCGGAGGAGUGCUUGAAGACAUGAUACCAGAUGUAAAGGAGAGGACGUCAGUUUCAACAGGCCUGGUAGGCUGCAUCCGCAUGCUGGACGUCAACAACUUUGUCUAUAACCUGCAAGAGAAUGGCGACAGCAUUCUAUACGGCUCAGGCGUGGGCGAGUGUGGCAACAAUCCAUGCCUGCCGAACCCUUGCAAGAACGGAGCCUCCUGUCAGGUCAAAGAAGCCGAGAUGUUCCACUGCAAAUGUGUCAAUGGUUUCUCUGGUCCAACCUGCGCUGACGCCCACAACCCUUGCGACCCCAAUAAAUGUCACCCAUCAUCGCGGUGCCAGGUCCUUCCGGAGGGAGGAUACAAAUGUGAAUGUCCAAUGGGACGUGAAGGCAAGCACUGUGAAAAAGUGUCAGACAAGGGAGGCGCUUUCAUUCCUUACUUUACUGGAGACUCUUUCCUGGAGCUCAAGGGCCUUCAUCUCUACGGCCAGGAUCUGAGGCAAAAGUUCAGCAUGACUGUGGUUCUGUUGGCCAAUGACUCCAAAGGCAUGAUCUUCUACAACGGUCAAAAGACAGACGGCAAAGGAGAUUUCAUCUCUCUCUCCUUGAAUGAUGGUAUCCUAGAGUUUCGAUAUGAUCUAGGCAAAGGGCCAGCUGUCAUUAGGAGUAAAGAAAAAAUCAAGCUGAACGAAUGGAACACAGUGAAUCUGGAGAGGGCCAGCAGAAAAGGAGAGAUCAGCAUUAACGGCAAAGACCCCGUCAGAGGAGAGGCACCGAAAUCACGCAAGAAUCAGCACACGGAUCUUAAUCUGAAGGAGUCGCUCUUUGUGGGCGGAGCCCCAGAUUUCCGCAAAGUAGCCAGAGCUGCUGCGAUUAAAGGUGGCUUCAAAGGGGCCAUUCAGAAGAUUACUCUGAUGGGAAUUCCAAUCCUGAAAGCUGAUAACGCACUUCACUCCAGUGAUGUGUCCAUGUAUCCCUACCACCCCUGCUCCAAAGAUGUUUGUGAGAACGGAGGCCGCUGCAACCCCCUGUUGGACAGCUAUGAGUGCGUCUGCCUCCACGGAUUCGCUGGACAGCACUGCCAGGAUGCAAUAUUCGAGAAAUCUGCUGGGGACACCGAGGCCAUUGCAUUUGAUGGUCAUACAUUCAUCGAAUAUCACAACGGAGUCACCAAGAGUGAGAAGGCCCUGCUGGUGAAUAAAUUUGAACUGAGCAUCAGGACUGAGUCUACUCAUGGUCUGAUUUUGUGGAACGGGAAGGGAGUGGAGCGUUCCGACUACAUCGCCCUCGCCAUUGUGGACGGCCGUGUGCAGAUGACCUAUGACCUCGGCUCCAAGCCUGUUGUGCUGCACUCCUCUGUACGGGUCAACACCAACCGCUGGAUACGAAUCAAGGCCAGCAGAGCGCUCAGAGAUGGCUCGCUGCAGGUUGGUAAUGAGGCAGCUGUCACUGGGUCAUCACCCUUGGCUGCCACACAGCUGGACACAGACGGCGCUCUCUGGUUGGGUGGUCUGGAGGAGCUGUCCGUAGCUCGCCGGUUGCACAAGGCUUACAGCACAGGCUUUGUCGGCUGCGUGAAAGACAUGAUAGUCGACGGGGUGCAACUACAUCUGGUUGAGGACGCCUUAAACAGUCCCAAAAUAUUACACUGUUCUGCCAAAUAGUCUGGCACCACGUUCCUCCCAACACCAUGUCUACUGCUGUAAUUAUUUUUAUAUUUUUGUAUACUUUUCUUUGCCUUUUAUAUUGGAAAAAAAUACAUUGUUUUAAUUAUAAUUUUGUUUUUUGUUUUGUUUUGUUUUCCCCGUCAUUGCGUCCAACCAUAAUUAUGUCACCAGUCAGCGAACAUGGUGUUACAAGACAAGCAAAAAGUCGUAUUACAUCUGUCCUGUUUCUAUGACAAACAACUGAACAUGUACUUGCUCAUUACUUGAACAGUGGCAGAUGAGGUUGGUGCUGUUUGUGCCAUCUGGAUUGCCUUCUCUCGGUGCCAUAGCUUGCUGUCCAGCAGUCACCAUAUAUUCCUCUGAGCUAUUGCUGUGGUCCAUUACUACAUUUAAAAAGGUCUAAAAAAAUGACUUUCCUCUUUAUCGACACCACAGCAACUGUUAAAUACACUGAGCAAGACUAUGUACGAUAUUCCUCAUUUAUGAUACCACUAACAAGGGCGAAAGCUCAAAACUUGGAGCUUUUGAAUCCUGAAAUAAUAGUAGCUGACGUAACAUUUAGCAUUCCUCAAAAUUCACUAGUUUUUUUCCUCAUGCAAGCAUCAUUGACCUGUGAGAUGUAAUAAAUAGUAAUGAAAUACACGAGACUGUGAAUUUUGAAGAUGCUAUUUUUUGUUGCAAUCAUUCGUUUCAUGUGUUGUGCAUAUCUAAAGAGCAAUUACAUAUAUAUAUAUAAAUAUACUAUAUGACCAUUUGUUGCAUGCAUCUUUUUAAGUGUUGAGUUGAUUUUGCCUUGGUUUUCUUGAUCUUCAUCAUUCCAUUCAGGGCAGAAAUGUAGCUGACUACAUUGCAAUCUCGACAUUUGAACAUUCAAGUUGGGAGAUAUUGAAAUUUUAUAUAUAUAUUAUUAUAUCUGCUAUUUGUCAAUCUGGACUUCUUGUGUGUUGUGUGUGUGUUGGGAAAAAAAUGGUUGUUGCAAAAACUCAACAUUGGGAGGCGCUGUAACACAGAAAGAGAAGAGAUGAGAGACUCAAAACACAUCGGGUGGACAAAAACAGCAUUGACAUCCUUGGCAUGUUCCGUCAUCGAACACAAAUCAUGUAUUCACUGCAUUUUUUUUUUUUUUUAUCGUAUAUCAGUUGAAAAUGUCGCUUUAAAAAGCUGCCAGCACUUGCUGUAAAAAAGGGAUGAUGUAUGUAGACCCCUUGCAUUCUAUGACCGUGGCCCCCAUAACAGCUGUUCAUGUUCAACGGUAACCAGUGAAAAUAGUAAUGCAUGGGUUUGUCAAAUCAAAAUGGUUUUUGUAACCUGUUCCAAGACAAAUGCAAUGCUGUGGUGCUGUUUCGGUGUAAGAAAUAUGAGUUUGAUACCAGAUGCUUUGCAAUAUUCCACUACAAAUAUGCCUGUUCAGGGUAAAGUAUCACCAUAUCUUUUUUUUUUUUUAAUGAUUAUUUUUUGUCAUUUUAUUUAAAAAAUGUUUAACAAACCCUGGAACAUGCAAGACCAUAAUUGUCAUCAUGUACAGCCCUGUGAUUUUUCAAGUAUAAAUUUGUUACUGAGAUUUUGUUUUAGUAUUAUACACUGGAAGCGAGUCUGACUUGUCUACACACGGCAUAUCCUGAGUGCGGGGUGGGAUUGGGGGAAAAUCGAUCAUUUAUGUGUCUAGGGUUUGAUCGGCCAUCAUGAGAUGUCUAGUGUUCCAGACUGAGACCAAGAGCCCUUUGUUACUGCACGAGCUGUAUGGACCAUCCACCCCUUUUAAUAUAGCGCCCUCACCUUCACUUUUCCAGCGGACUGGAUUUUUGAUCGCUUUUAUAUUAAUCUGAGUUAUUUUUUGACAUCCUCGUCCAGUAGCUUUGCUCUCAAGGGAUGAGGCUCAUGGUGAGGAAAUUUGCUCUGUGAAUGGAAACUGAGAAAUGCCUUAAAAUCAUUCACCGUUCAUAGGUGACAAAAAUUUAUUUCCAUAUUGUUCUGUGCUCUCACUUUAGCCAGUAUAUACGCCUCAUUCCCAUCAUGUAAAUUAUUUCAUAAAUGUUAAUAAUUAUAUUAAUAAUGCUUAUGAGAAUUUCCAGAAGGCCUCAAUAAUAGUGGUCCUGGACUCUACAAAAAUACUGUUUACUGUACAAAUACUAUUUUCAGUAUCUUAUUUAUGUCUUAAAAAGGAUUCUCCGUGUGGCAUUUGUAAACUACUGAUUUGAUUGAUUGAUUGAUUGAUUGAUUGAUUGAUUGAUUGAUUGAACUAGGUCUGAUGGGCUGUGCACAGAAUGAGAGGCAUGACGUUACCAUUACUAACUUUAUUACUUGUGUCUUGUGUUCCAACCACCAUAAAAUAAAAUGUGAAACAAACUGA